CGAAAGCGCAAGAGAAACAUGUUAUUGUUGACCGGGUGCAAGACGAGGCUCAUUUGGGCGAGAAAUAGUUAGAAUCACCGUAACAUACAUACACACAUAUAACAUUAAUAUGGAAUCCAUCCCGCCCAAUUGCCGUGUACUAAUCAUCCUAUGGUGAACAUCGUGAGCCGACUGCCGUAUAAGCGAGGGCAAGGCCAAUUGUCAUUGUGUUGCAAUUUUGUUCACCUCCAUAUAUGCUAUAUACGCUUACUCAGUCCAACUCCUAAUACCAUAUAUCACGAAGUCGACGACUAAGUCACUCUUUAUCAUCUAUCUUGUAUCCCUCUAUCCCAACACACACAUGGCAUAAUCUUCAUCUCUAUUUACUACACUCUCGUUGUCAAGAUGAACUUCCAAUCGUUCGGGCGCCAGACUUGGGCCCUGACGAGGAAGAACCUCCUCAUUGCGGUUGCUCGAAACUGGUUAACGACACUUCUACGAUCUCUCGUUUUCCCCAUAGCUCUCCUAGUAAUCCUACUCGAAAUCCAAAACUUCUCUAAGGACACCAAUAGAUAUGGAAUCGGCGAUGUUCACUCUAUUCGGAGCCUUGCCGACAGUCUAGGAACCGACACGAAAUCACUUGUUCUAGUUCAGGAGCCUGGUCUAGGUCCCGAUUUCCAACCGGUCCUCAACAAGAUCACGGAUCCCCUUAACUCUAAUAGACUAAUCUACCUCAAUGACUCUGCCCAGAUUGACUCGACCUGCCCAGUCGACUACCACGGGAACUCGCCAUGCCACGCCGUGGUAAUCUUCAAAGACACUCCUCUCAGUGGGAACAUCAACGCGACAUGGAACUAUACUAUCCGGACAGAUCCCAGCCUUGACAACUGGGCGUUCAACGUGUUCGACACGAACAGCGCUACCGACAAGAUCUACUUGCCUCUUCAACUCGCCAUCGAAAACGCGAUGUUGAACUUGACUGACACUCCAGAUUUCAUGGCGUAUACAGCCGUGACGCAGGAGAAAAGGGAUGAAGAAUCGCGGAAGAGCUUUAUCACUUUGGCUUUGUAUCUCCUGUCUUUUAUUUACUACAUGACCUUCAUCCCGGUAAGCCACCACGUUUCUGGUAUGAUGGCCGCGGAGCGAGAAUCCGGUAUGUCAGAUUUGAUCGAUGCGAUGGGUGGAGGUGUUGCUUGGCCUAGAGUAUUGAGUUAUAUCCUUACCUUUGAUCUGUUGUAUCUGCCGCUUUGGAUCAUCAUGGGAGCCUUAUACCAAAACCUCCUUUUCCCCAACCAAAGCGCAGCGGUCACGAUAUUCUGGCAAAUCUUCACGGGCUGGGCGACAACAAGCGCCAGCGUCUUCGGCACCGCAUUUUUCAAGCGCUCAGCCUUCGCCAGUCUAUGGGUAUCACUGAUCCCCUGGCUCCUCUCCAUCAUCGCCGCUUUCACAGAGAACCUCUCCAAGCCCGCUCCUCUCGGACAAAUCGUGGCCCUAAGUUUCUUCUUCCCUAGCAUGAACUUCAUCUACUUCUUCAACGCCAUCGCUAAAAACGAGAUCGCGGGGAUCCAACUCGACAUGCAGAAGCCGAUCCCAACAUCGGAUCUAGAUAGUCUUGUGUCGGGUCAGAGGGGUGGACUUAACUGGGUUAAUAUCACGGGCCCGUAUUUCCUUUGGAUUAUUCUGGCUGUGCAUAUUGUUGUGUACGGGCUUUUGGCUAUCGUUGUUGAGAUAUUCCUACAUGGGAAUAACCGCCACCGUCGGACAUUUACCGAAGGCCUGGAAGCGGAUAACUCUCAUAUCGCGAUUGAAACGAAGGAACUAGAGAAGCAAUACCGACCUUCGUGGUUCAAGAAGCUUUUCUGCUGCGCUCGUAACCCGACGACGAAGGCUGUUGAUGGUUUAAAUUUGAUCAGCCAGAAGCGUCAAAUCCUUUGCUUACUGGGCCCCAAUGGUUCUGGAAAGACAACAACCCUCGAUAUGCUAGCGGGGUUCCAAACACCAACCGGAGGUUCGGUGAACAUCAAUGCUUCGCCAUCGCAACUAGGUAUCUGUCCGCAACGCAAUGUAUUGUGGGAUGGUUUGACAGUCUACGAACAUCUCGUUGUUUGGAACACUCUCAAAGGCAACGCUGAAGAUAAGGCUGCUCUUGAACAAUUAAUUGAGCAGUGCGAUCUUACGCUUAAGAAGAACGCCCUUGCGAAGAACCUAAGCGGUGGUAUGAAGAGGAAGUUGCAAUUAGCUUGCAUGCUUGUUGGUGGCUCUUCUAUCUGUUUGAUGGACGAAGUUACCUCCGGUCUUGAUCCCCUAUCCCGACGAGCAAUCUGGAACGUUGUCCUAAGCGAACGAUCCCGAAGGACUAUGGUGUUGACUACUCACUUCCUCGAUGAAUGUGAGGUGUUAUCCGACCAUAUUGUCAUUAUCACUCUAGGAAAGCUGAAAUGUCAAGGAACACCAACCGAAUUGAAGAAUCACUACGGAGGCGGCUACCGCGUUCACAUCCCGAAGACCGAAGACAUCACAAAGAUAUCGUACCCAGUAACGGAGAAGUCCGACCGGUUCAUCUGCAGAACACCAGAUUCUACAUCCGCUGCUAGAGUACUAGCCUCGCUUAAGAACUCGAAAGAUGAAGAACUGUUUAUCACUGGACCGACUGUUGAAGAUGUAUUCCUCAAGGUAUCCGAAGAGCCACACACCCUCAUCGGCGAAACCCCCGAAGAAAUCUCCAUCGCCGACUCCCAACCUAGCAGAGUAAAAGGCCCACAAGUCGAGCCACCCCUAUGGGUAACAUACUCGCAGCAAUUCAACGCCCUCUUCAUCAAGCGAGUCCAAGUCCUCCGCUCAAACUGGUGGGCCUACCUCUUCGCGCUCGCCAUUCCCAUCAUCGCAACCUACUUCAUCGGAUUCUCACUCGAAGGAUACCAAACCCCCGACUGCAACAACCUAAUCACCUACGGCUCAUACGACAGCCGAAUGAGCGUUUCCGAUUCUAGCCACAUGGCUCUCGGACCCCCAUCCAUCAACAACACAAUCGCCGAAGUUAUAAACGCAACGAACAAAUACCAUUACCGCGGCUACGGCAACGGCCCCUACGUCUUCAACACGCGCGACGAAGUCGAAGAUUUCGUGCGUACGCACUCGAUUAACAUAACGUACAGCGGCGCGGUAUGGGUAACCAACGACUCGACACCGUUCGUCGCGCACGACGCACAGGCGGGUAAGCAAGGAGCGACCAGUCUACUAAACCUAGUCAACCAAGUGCGAAGCGGAAAGUCCAUAGCUGGGUAUACAUCAAGUCUACGAUCGUACCACCAGGCCGAGGGCGGGUCGAGUAUGUUCUACGUGACGAUAUUUUGUCUCCUGCAGACGCUGUACCCGGCUUUCUUCGCUUUGUAUCCGACGUAUGAACGCCGGUCCCAGGUCCGCGCGUUGCAGUACUCGAAUGGGAUUCGUCCGUUCCCGUUGUUGUUCGCGUAUUGGAUGUUUGAUUUCGUGUUCGUGUUGAUUAUUAGUGCUGUCUGCACUGCUUUGAUGGCUCCGGCGGCUCCUUGGUUCGGGUUGGGAUAUGUGUGGUUCGUGCAAGUUCUGUAUGGACUUGCGGCUGUUCUGUGCGCGUACUUGAUUUCGUUGUUGGCUAGGUCGCAGCCUGCGGCUUUCGCCUUCACUGUGCUGAUUAUGGCGAUUAUGUAUGCCCUCUCGGUCAUUACGUUAUUGGUCAUUCAAAUGAACGACAGUGGGAACCAAGUAACCAACGACGGAACUGCUUUCGGUCUCGGUAUCAUCUUCCCGAUCCAGAACCUCAUGCGCGGUUUAGCCGUCAGUCUAAACAUGUACAUCGUGCGAUGCCGCGGAACAACUAUGAUUUCGCAGCCGGGUUCGAUCUACGCUUUCGGUGGUCCCAUCAUGCUACUCAUCCUACAAAUCAUCGGACUUUUCUCCUUGCUACUAUGGCUUGAGGGUGGUAGCUUUGCAUGGAUCUCCAAGCCGAAGCCCUUACCCCCAGCAGUUGACUCUGUUUCCGAUGCCGAGAAGAAGCUUUCUGUAUCUUCAGGCCGACCGGAUGUCGAUGCGGAAACCGCCCGUGUAGAAGCCUCUGACUCAGAUCUCCUACGCGUUCUCCACGUAUCUAAGAACUUCGGUCCAAAUGUCGCGGUUGACGAUGUAUCGCUCGGUCUACAAGAAGGCGAGAUUCUAGCCCUUCUAGGACCUAACGGUGCCGGCAAAACAACUACCAUCAAUAUGAUCCGCGGGGACAUGACACCAAGCAGCGGCAGAAUCUAUCUCGAAGGCGUCGACGUCCUCCGAAACAAGCGCCUAGCACAGAAGCACCUCGGUGUAUGCCCACAAUUCGACGCCCUAGACCUCCUCACCGUCCGUGAACACCUAACCUUCUACGCGCGCUGCAAAGGCGUCGAAGACAUCCGGGGCUCCGUAUCCUACGUAAUGUCGCGCGUCGGCAUAACAGCACACGCAUCCAAACUCGCCGCCAAACUCUCCGGCGGCAACAAGCGCAAGUUGAGUCUCGCCAUUGCCUUACUCGGUGACCCACCAGUCCUGCUCCUCGACGAACCUAGCUCCGCCAUGGACGCAGCCUCCAAGCGUGUCCUAUGGCGCACUCUCGCGGCUGUUGCGCCGGGUCGUUCGGUAUUAUUAACUACGCAUUCCAUGGAAGAAGCCGAUGCCUUAGCCACGCGCGCAGCGAUUAUAGCGCGUAAGGUAUUAGCAGUCGGAUCCACGCAGGCGCUACGUAAAACGCAUAGUAACGAGUACCACGUGCACCUAAUCCUACGCAGCGCACCCACAUCCACCGCGGACGAGAUGCGCGCGAUUGAGGAUUGGGCACGGUGGAUGUUUAACGAUGCCGUGCGUUUCGAGGGUGAGAGUUUAGGUGGUCAAGUCCGGUUUGUGGUUCCGGCUGAUACGCCUGUGCCCGCUGCGGAGCAGACCGAUGGGGUUGUUGUUGAGGGGGAUAGGAGGGCCACGCAGAGUUUUACUAGGUACUUGAUUGAGACGCUGGAGACGAGGAAGGAUGAGCUGGGGAUUGAUUGUUAUUCGAUCUCGGCCGCGACUAUGGAGUCGGUUUUCAUGAAGGUCGUUAAGGAGAGCGAUGCUUCCGAGGAUGAGGGACGGCAGAGGAGAGGUUGGUGGCCGUUUUAGAGGUCGUCAAUGUUGGUUAAAACGAUUGGAACUCGUGUUUGAAAAAAAGAAAAGUCCUUUAGAUACCCUAGUUUGAAUAUCUCGAUUUAA